AGUGAAAUAAUUCCCGGUGUGUUGGAGGGAAAUAAACUUUGCACCGUAUGUAGACAGUCGAUUUCUCGCAAGCUGUCUACCCCCGUGUUCGAAGAAAGUACUUCACCGACGGACGCUCCAAAGUCUCCAGCCGCCAAGAGAAGCCCCUUGCCAUGUGCGCCUGGGUUCGUGACAACCCCUCAUGGCACGCAGCGGCCAGUGCAUCCCGCUGUCCAGCGUGUGCACGGCGUAAACACCCGGGAGUCGGACAGUGAAUCAACUAGUACCGCUAUUACUAGUUCCAGUGGCACCAGCUCUGGAGAUGGAAGCCAGUGUGAACCUAGUCCAGCUAUUCGGGAACGUCUCGACGAGGGCCUGCAGAUUCUUGGUGCAACUCCUCUCAACGUGAAGAACCUUCAACGCUCGGAAGCCUAUCGAGAAAAGAAGAUCAACAAAGUCACGACUCUGCUGCAGCACACUCUCCUUAAGGCUGCAGGUCAAGGUAGAGAUGCUGUAGGAAAUGCUGCAGACGACGGUAUCAACUAUGAACAGGCCGGAAGGCAGAUGAUUUCUCAGCUGAAAACAAAGUUUUCACAAAGUUCGACAUAUGCAGAGAAGAUACGCGUACUGUCACUGUUACCCGCAUCGUGGAGUAGCACCGAUAUCAAAAAGACAUUUCCUGGAGCGACAAGCCAUAUGAUUAGGAUAACAAGGUUAUUGGUGGCUCAAAAUGGCCCACUUUGCUCACCAAACCGAAAACGAGGCAAACGACUUUCAUUUGAGACCGAGAAGCUAGUGACUUCGUUCUACUUGGAACCUGAUGUAAGCCGCGAAAUGGCGGGGAAAAAAGAAUGUAUUGUGGUGAGAGGAGACGGUGGAAAGGUUACUAAAACAAAACGACUCGUGCUUGGUAAUUUGCGUGAUGUGUUCAAGUCGUUCUGUGAGAAGUACCCCGACAUCAAAAUUGGAUUUUCGAAGUUCGCCUCACUCCGGCCCCAGGAGUGCGUUUUGGCUGGCUCAGCUGGCACUCACACCGUGUGCGUCUGCACAAUACAUCAAAAUUUUGAGCUAAUGUUUAUGGGCGGACACCUCGGAGCCCUAAAAGAUGGAGACGUGAAAGUUUGUGAGUCUUGGCGUGAUGUGCUGAAAGCGACUAUGUGCUCAGAACCGACAGAAGACUGCCACUUCGGAAGAUGCAAGAAAUGUCCAGGGUCAGCUCAAAUCGAGAACAAAAUACUUGAUCUGCUGCUGACGGGUUUUGUCGAAGAAAUUACUUAUAAGCAGUGGGUGAAGGACGAUAAAGGCAGGUUCUUGUUAAGUACAUCUGUGCUACGUACUCAAGAUUUUGUCGAAAACCUAGCCGAUGCUAUUCCGGACUUACGACAGCACAAUUUCAUUGCUAAGCAGCAGGGUGCUUAUUUUAGAAUGAGAAGAGACACACUGGUUGUCGGAGAAAUAUUAGUCGUUGCUGAUUUCUCAGAAAAUUUUUCGUUCAUCAUUCAGGACGCAGUGCAAGGGGCGUACUGGAACAAUGAACAGGCAACUAUACACCCUUUUGCUCUGUACCAUCGCAAUCCUGAAACUGGUGAGGUACAGCCAGACAACCUUGUGAUUAUAUCAGAUCAUUUAAAGCACGUCACAUCCACAUUCAGCAAGUUUCAAGAAGUGUUAAUGGACUAUUUGUGGAAGAAACACAGUACUUUAAUGAAGAUUAUUUACUUCUCAGAUGGCUGCGCCGGACAGUACAAAAACCGCUACAAUAUGAAGAAUUUGGCCAUGCAUGAAGCUGAUUAUGGCGUGCCUGCAGAGUGGCACUUUUUCGCGACGAGUCACGGAAAGGGCCCUAGUGACGGUCUUGGGGGAUGCCUAAAGCGACAAGCAACGCGGACGAGCUUACAGCGUCCAUACGAGGAUCAAAUUCAAACACCGAAAGAAUUGUUUGAAUGGGCUAAUUCCGCACUCGACGGUGUUAAUACCGCAUUUGUCACAUCGGCUGCUGUGAGGAAGCACGAGAGGAAGCUGCACCGCCGAUUCGCCACUGCCCCCGCCAUCGAAGGGAUCCGAUCUCACCACUCCAUGGUCCCAGUAUCUUCAGAUAUUAUGAAGAUGAAGAUUCUCUCAUUAUCCGAGUCUGGAAAGACAUAUAAUUUAGCUGCGGGCACAGUAAACCCCGUCGAAGACCUCGAGGAGGGACUUGACGACCUGCACGCCGACGACCCAGAGCCGGUGCCAUGCACACCUGGAGUAUCUACACGAUCCCGAGCAAAACAACAGGCUCUGCACAAGAACAAGAGAGCGAAAGUCUAAGAGAAAUCAAUAUAAGAUUGGAUUUAUGGUACUGCCAGUCUACAAAACAAAAUGUACAGUUGUUAAAAAUAAAUACAAG